AUGCAAGGGCUGGAACAAGCUGCAGAGCUGGCAUGGAGAAAUUUUCUGCUGUCUCAUAAUAGAGUGAAGGUGACCCUGGAUCUGGACACGGCUCAUCCCCUGCUUGUCCUGUCUCAGGACAAGAGCAGUGUGAGAUGGGAAACUAAAUGGCAGCAGGUGCCCAGUGUCCUGGAGAGAUUUGACACUAGUUGCUGCGUGCUGGGCCGUGAGGAGUUCAGAGAGGGGAGGCAUUGCUGGGAGGUGAAGGUAGAGGGGGAGAAGGGAAAGUAUUCAAGUUUGGCUGUGGGGGUGGCCAGGGCAUCGGUGAAGAGGAAGGGGGAGAUCAACAUGAGCCCUGAAGAAGGGAUCUGGGCUGUGCAGUACAAUGAGGGGCAGAUCAUGUCUCUCACAUCUCCUCCAACCCCCUUGUCCCUGUUCCCUGUCCCCACGAGGAUCUGGGUCUGUCUGGACUGUACCCAGUGGCAGGUGUCUUUUAUCAGUGCUGACAAUCGUGUUGAGAUCUUCACUUUCACAGCAGUCUCCUUGAAAGGGGAGAGCGUGCGCCCCUGGUUCUGGCUGGGGACGAAUGCCCAGCUGUGCCUGAGGGACAGCACCCUGUAG